AAAGAUUCGGACAAACUCAUAGAGGUACUUAUUCGGCCAUUUACUAACCGAGCAGAUCGGUCAGCUUAUCUUUCCUUGUUCUUUGGGAUCUAGAUCACUCAGCCACUGAAUAUAAUGUCGUUCACUCAGUUCGUCCGUCUCCCUCCAGAACUCCAAGACCUAGUCUGGGACCACGCAGCAGCCCUCUCCCCAUGCCUUCACUUUUUCCAGAAGCUCCCGGACACCAGCUGGGUAGAUUGGGACAUGCACCUCGUUCCGGACCGACACCAAUCCGCAGACCUCAACUUGCGAAAUCUCUCACUCGCCUGCCAUGACGCCCGUUCGGCCGUGAUCCGACACACCCGGGCGAUUGAACAUAAGACACUUGUGCCCAUGCCCAAACACGGUAGCCCGCCUGUGUCGACGACCCCCUUAACCCUCGACCUAACCGACGAUCUCGUCUGCGUCGGAGGAGCGGACACCGGACCAAAAGAAACCAUGGCGGCGGUGGAGUGGGCCGAUUUCGAACACAUUGUGUUUACGGGCGCCCGCCGGUUCGCGGUAAGAUACUUUCGCCCUGGAUGGAACGUGUGGGGAAUUUCGACGGACGACGACCCCAGCGGCGACGAAGGAGUGGGGUUGAGCCCAGAGGAGCUGCAGGCCAUGUGGAGGCAUGAGUGUGUGCACUGGACACAUGUCGGGGUCGCGGGGGGCCCGGGGCCCGACGGACCUGACGGCGACGGGGAAGGGAGGAGGGAUCUUGAGAUUCACUAUUCCGAAGCCGACCCGCCCUUUUGUGCGCGGUGUGUGGCUAAUGUGGUGAGAAGGUUUGAGAGGUUGGACGAGUUUUGGCUUAUUGUUGACCCGGACUGCUUGGACAUGUUGGAUGUGGCGAUGGGUAGGAACGGUGGUAAAGAGGACAAGAAUAAAGAAGCGAUGGCUGAGGAGGGGAAAGGGACAGAGACGAUGGAUAAAACAGAGAUGUCGGCCACUGGGCCAAGAAAGAAACGGACUUUCCACUCAUACAGCCGGACGUAUUUCAGCCUGGAUGACCAUGAUGUGCGAAGUGAGCCGAGAGGCCCUAUGAGGGCUUUACAGGCUAUCAGAGACAACUUGGUUCGUCUCCUAUCUCCUCUCCUAAGAUGAUGUGAGGAACAAGCAGCUGACACUCUCCAAGGAAGUAGCAUCGAUGCUGUCCGGUUCAAGGCCGGAGUGGAUGAAUCAUGUUCGAUAUGGACUGUUGUCGUGGCGAGAUGACCGGCAGACCAAGUGAUGAGGAUCAUUUUCAUAGUGCCGGUCGUGGCAUUAUGCUGAUGUAUCCCGACGAUACCAUAAUCCCGUCGUCCACGUCCACGUCCUCGUCCUCAUCGCCGUCGAAUCCGUU